AUGAAGUCCGCUAAAAAGAAGGACGUUUGGGGCAGCUUCAGAGCAGGCGAAGCAGAGCCAUUGUCGGACUCAGAGGCAACGAAGCCAAAGCAAGGAAAGAAAAAGAAAACAGACAGCAAGAAGCCUGCUGGGCCAACUGGCCCGAACCUUGCGAGGAAAAGAGUAGCAGACUCCAAAGUUAGUGGAGUCGUGGAGUCUUGGACAAAUUCCUAUGGUUGGAUUCGACCAUUCCAUCACGUCAGCCAUCCAAAGGCAGGAAAGCAUGGAGGCAAAAUCUACAUCCAUGGCAAAGAUGUCAAGGGUGGUAUGGGGUUUCUUCCUGUUGGCGGCUCUGUGGAGUUCUACGUUUUUGAAGAUGAUGCCGGUCUCGGGGCCGAAGAAUGCGUUUUGACAGAGAAAGGCAAAGGCAGCAAGGGUGGCAAGGGUUGGGGGUGGGACUCCAAAGGUUGGGACAUGAAAGGGUGGGAUAUGGGGAAAGGUUGGGACAUGGGAAAGGGAUGGGACAUGGGAGCUUGGGAAAUGGGAAAGGGAUGGGAUAUGGGAAAGGGCUGGGAUUCUGGCAAGGGCUGGGGUGGCAAGGGUGGGUGGGAUGGAGGUGGCAAGAAAGGCUGGGAUUCUGGCAAAGGAGGUGGGAAAGGGAAAGGUGCUUCAAAAGGUGGCAAAGGGGAGUCAGGUGGCAAGGACCGGAAAGGCAAAGACUCCAAAGAGAGUUCAAAGGGAAAGUCCAAAGGUUCCAGCGGCCUCGAGGUGAAACCAGGUUCUUCUGAGACCCCGGAGGUGGUCUCGGACUGGUCGGGUUACACUGGCCUGUCUGGCGGCCAAGGUUCCCAGGCUCACGUCGACACAUCUAGACUAAAGCCAGCACCAAUAACAGGAUCUCCACCUCCACCACCACCAACUGGUGGUCCAAUGCCGACGAAGCCCGUUGGCGGGGCCAUGAUGCCAGGUAUGGCAUCGCCUGUGUGGCCAGAGGUGAGACCUGGUCCAGCGCCAUAUUUGAUGGGCGGAGUGGGCACGGCACCGGUGCCGGCUAUCAAUAGUGUGCCGGUGAACCAGAUGCCCUACCAGUAUGGCCAGAUGAUGCCAGGUAUAAGCCCACCUAUGCAUCAACCUCUGCCCAUGAAUCCACCAGCUUUGGGAAUGUAUCCCGGUCAUGUUCCACCCAAUCCCGCACAUCCUGUUCACCCUGGUUUGGCACCAGGUCCAUACGAACCAGAGGCUGCUUGGGGACAAUGGAACACUUUGUGA